AUGGAAAUAUCCAUGAAUUCACUUUCUGUACCUGGAAGUAAAAGGCGGUCAUUAUCGACGGUAAGAAUAAACAAAGAAAAGAGUCGACGAUCACACUCCUUGUACAAGUUUGGACCUCUGAAAGAGAAAUUGUACAAUGAAAACUACCAUUAUUUAAGAAGGCGCACGACAUUCCUCCGUAUGGACACCCCAACGAUUGUGAUCGACUCUGCCGUCACUGAGGACAAACUUGAUGAUGCUGACAAGAUGAACAACAAUUAUCUUUACGACGACGGAUUCUUGCAUCCUUCAUAUGCUUUAGAUGCCGCUGUUGCGAGCAAUGAUUCUCGUUUGCUUCACGGUGUAUUGAGUGUUGGAAACGUUAUGAUAGACACUUGGAAUUCAAGUGGUGGAACCGCUAUGCAUGAGGCUGCAUUUCAAGGAAAAGUGGACUGUUUAGAAGUAUUUCUUAAGUUUGGUGUUCAUGUGGACAUUAGAGACAAAGAAGGCUGGACACCACUCCAUGCGGCCGUAUGUGGAGGUGACAUUCGAGCUGUAAUCUUUCUCAUUCAGCACGGAGCAAGUUUGAAAGCGUCCACAAAAGACGGACUCACUCCAACAGAAAUCGCUAUGGACGCUAAAGACAAGAAAAUGAUUCAAGCCCUUUCGUGGCUCUCGGCACAAUCCAAGCGCUUUAGAACGUAG